CAGGGAGGAGCGACUCAUUGGGCUGUGGGUGAUUAUUGGUGCGCUGACAGCAGAUCUCUCUCCCUCCCUGGUGUGCGCGCGCUGGGCAGGCGAGGCAUUCCUGGCAGGACAGCAGCUUUCUUCCAGGAUGGUCCCUGCUCCUCUCCCUGGACGGACCCAGCUGGCUGCCGCGGAGAAGCGGGAUCCAACAGCAGCUCCUGACUUGAGCGCCAAGUGAAUGGGGCGCCCCAACAACACAACGCCGGGGCUGCGGCUGCUCAGGCCUCCAACAGUGAUUGGUCAGUUCCAUACCCUUUUCUUUGGCUCAGUUCGAAUGUUUUUCCUUGGCGUUUUGGGCUUUGCAGUUUAUGGAAAUGAGGCCUUGCACUUCAGCUGUGAGCCAGACAAGAGGGAGGUUAAUCUCUUCUGUUACAACCAGUUCAGGCCCAUAACUCCUCAGGUAUUCUGGGCAUUACAGCUAGUGACGGUUCUGGUACCUGGAGCAGUGUUUCAUCUUUAUGCUGCAUGUAGAAACAUCGAUCAGGAAGAUAUCCUCCAAAAGCCCACCUAUACUGUUUUUUAUAUCCUCUCUGUUCUGUUAAGGAUUGUCCUUGAAGUUGUGGCUUUUUGGCUUCAGAGUCAUCUCUUUGGCUUCCAAGUGAACCCACUCUACAGGUGUGAUGCAGGAGCCCUUGACAAAAAGUUUAAUAUUACCAGAUGCAUGGUGCCGGAACACUUUGAAAAGACAAUUUUCCUCAUUGCUAUGUACACUUUUACUGUGAUUACAGUGGUGUUGUGUGUUGCUGAGAUUUUUGAGAUCUUAUGUAGGAGGCUGGGUUUUUUAAAUAAUCAGUGACACUGUUGUCAUAUUGAAUUACUCCUAUUUAUGUGCCAUCUGUUCUGACAGUUGUGUGUGGUGGGUUUUUUAUGUACAAUGGAGAUCUCAGUAUGAAACAAAAACCACUUUUUGUACACCUCUGCAAUUUUGUAUAGGAACUCCCCUUACAUGCGCUUUUUGUAUAUUACUGUUGUCAAAUACAUAACUAAGGGCCAGAUCCAAAAGACAUUUACUCGUGUGAAUAAUCCUUACUCACAUGUAUAGACUGAAGUGAAUGAAACGACACAUGUGAAUGAAUGCCACUUCAAUGCCAUUUAAAGCAAUUUGGUGAGGGAUUGGGAGAAUUUUUUUUUUUUUUUUACACUUACCCCUUGUUGGAACUUGCUACUUAACUGCACACAUGCAUUUGGAACAAGUUUAUUUUUAAAUUGAGUGAUUAUUAAUCUGCAGGGGAAAGCCAUUCCAAACUACAUAAAUGCUCUCAUGAUUAACCUUUGAUUCAGUGAAUUUUAAUGCUCAUGAAGUGAGCUUUAAUGCUUAGGUAAUGCCUGACAUGGUACAAGAAAAUGCUCUAAAAUGUCCCCAAGCAGCUCUACCAUUGCAACCUGAUUCCUGAACAACCAUAUCCCUGGCCUUCACUAAGACUCCUGGUUGUGCUGUGAUUUUAGUAUGAACCAAUGUCUAAACCUAGCUUGCAACAGACAAACCUAUUUUAUCUGUGUCCAAUACUAGAUGUAAAUUUCCUUUUGAAAACAAAAGCUAGCUUGUGCUUCCUUGAAUCCCCCACCCUGCUCAUCUUUAUAUUUAAGAUAAAACUUAGCCCCUCUUCCUUUUUUUUUGUAAUGAAUGAGAGCUUAUAUUUAUGGCUUAUAUUUGCUUAUGAACUAAAAGUGUACAGAUCCCAAACUUGCCUCAGAUGCGUAACCUUUAACAAUUCAUACAUAUUCAUUAUAUGGUGAGGCGAGGAACAGGCCCUUUUUUUUAAAUUUUUGAAUAGAAAAUUUCAAAAGAGCUGUCAAGAUGACACUGCUGCUUGUGGGCCCAGUCGUGCAUUGAUUUCAAUGACAGUUUUGCCUGAGUAUGGCCUGAAGGACUGGAUCUUGUAGAUUUUUUUUUUUUUUUGCCAUGCCACUUCUGCUCACCCAUGGCACUAUAUACUACUUUAAAUAAAAAUAAUCAUAAAUAUUCUGUGCAUUAGAAAUAUUCCCAGAAUUAAGUGUAUUUUUAUAAUUUACACUUAUGAUAUAUUUUCUAUAAAAGUCUAUCUUCUCUUGCACUCCAGUUUCCAUCUCAUAAUUAAUGGAAAUUUUAACAUGAAAAUUAAUCUUCUUUCUUGGAGACUGGACAGAAAGAAAAGGGUAGUUUUCCUUUUAAAAUGUUUACAGUUAGAGUACUAAUAAUCACCUAGGUUUUUUUGUUUGUUGAAGAUUUCUUACCCCUCAGUUCUGAUUUCUAAAAGUUAACCUCUCUUGCCUACUUCAUCAUGGUCCGUAGGAGCUAAAUAAAAAAAACUCCUCAAUUUCAUAUUCCAGUGUGCCUACUUUCAAUGAAGUCUCAACAAGAAAACAAGAAAACAACAACAACAACAAAAAACAUUCUGACACAUUCUCUUGAAUUAAACUGACCUUAGGUCUUGGUCCAGUGCCCACUGAAGUCAAUGGGAGUCCUUCUAUUGUCUUCUGUGGGCACUGGAUGAGGCUCAUAGUGCUGAGAAUAAAAUGGGGGGGGGAAAUCUUAACUUAUUUAAGAAAUUUAACUUAUUAAAAAAAGACAAACUAAAAGUUAACAAAUAAGAGCAGACAAAAAGUUGCUGUAAAACAUACAGGCUAAAGGGUCUUUCAGAGUUAAUUUAUCUUUGAAAACUCUGUGGGGAAUCGGUAUACAACUUUUACAGUAAGCUUAGGCCAAAUCCUGUUCACUUUAUUCAUGUGAGUUGUCCCAACAGGCCCAGUUCUGCAAAUCUUGUAAUCAUGACCCACACAGGUAGUCCCAGUGACUUCAAGUGAGUAAAGCAUGCAGGAUUUGGUCGCUGUUGGACUCAUAUGGAUCCAAACUGUGUACAGGUUACCUAGUUCUAUAUGCUUUUUUGAGUUGGCUAAUGAUGAGAUCCUAAAUUCUAAUAUUUUUUUGUACUAUAGGUUAAUCUUUUGACUCUUCCCAUGGAAACAAAUGAUGUUUUUCUUGUCUUAAUAUCAUAAAUGAAUGUGAUAUCUUUGGUCAAACACACUUAACUAAUUAUUUAUUUGAUAUUUGGAAAUACUACAAGGGUGGAGGGACUGCCCCUGUUUGUUGCUUGCCUAAUAUAACAUGUACUUUGGUCAAUAUAUACAUACUUAUUUUUGUUGUAUAUAUCAAAUAUCCAUCCAGCUGUUUUUACAUAUAUACAGGAUCUGUUCUUUCCAAAUUAAAUUUGUAAUCUCAGGUACAAUAAAUCUUUUUAUGUAUAAAAAUAUGUGUGACUAUUGACAACCCAGUUCAUCUGUGUACACGAAAUAUAGAUCAUUAAUUACAAUUUUGUCAGUGUUUUUCCCUAGUGUUUCAUAUUUCUGUUUAAGUGAUGAAAUUCAAAUGCUUUCCAAAUAGACCAGCUGACCUCAUGUUAAUUACAAAUACUAAUAAUUCCUAGAUUCUAUAUAGCACUUUUCAUCAAUAGAUCUCAAAGUGCUUUGCAAAGGAGAGCUGGACAGUACGAGUAUCCCCACUUUAAGCAAUGGGGAAACUGAGGCAAAGAAAAGUGCUCAAGCAGUCACUCUGCAGAGCCAGAAAUAGAACCCAGGUCCUAUAAACCACAGGCCAUUACCUGGUCUCUAGACCACAGCAUUUCCUAGCCUAGGAUACUCAAAACUUGGAAUUUUGAAAGAAAUUUUGAAAUCUUGAAAUUUGUUUUCAUUCCAAAACCAAGCCAUUUCUGAAAUUUCCUGCAAAACAGAAAUUCUGAAAGAAAACUGUAUGCAAAAUCCAUUUUUGAAAAAAAAAAUUGUAUUUUUGUUUCAAAACAAAAUUUUGUUUUCAUUUUAUAUUAUUUUACAUUAUUUCAUUACAUGAGGAGAAGUAGUGUAGAAUAUAUGUCAUAAUAUAAUAGUCAAAAUAUUCUAUUUUAUUUGUUGAAAUCAUUAUGGGAAGCUGCUACUUUAACAAGAAAAUAAAUUGAUUGAAUACAUUUGUACAAAUUGUAUCAUUACAACGCAAACAGGAGACACUUUGAUCUAGAAAAUAAGAUUUUUUUCACCAGCUCUCAUUCUAAACACUACAUGUACUUUGUUCAACUGCAUAAGUUGUUGUAUAAAAUGCCCUAAGGCAUUUUAACUUGCUUAAUAAUCCUCCUUCUAUAGGAUGCAACCCCACACUUCUUAAUCAAGAAAAACUCCCAUUGAAUUAAAUUGUAGUUCUGCCUCUGUAAGGAGUGAAGAAUUGGGCCCAGAAUGCAUUUCUCAAGCCAUUUUCAAACUCUGUUUUACAUAGGCUUGCUCCUCUGUGAAGGUGAUUUAUGUGGUUUAGAGUUAAAUAUAAUUAUGAAGAAUAUUCUACCAGAGGCAACAAGUAUUUUCUUAAUGUAAAUGGAAGCAGCAAAUGUUGUAGAUGUACUUUCAGUUGGA